AUGCAGCAGCAGGGGGACUCCUUCGUGAUCAUCUUGGGAGAUGUCUCGAUGCAUUCAUUUGUAAUUUGGGAAGCUGCACUAUCACCAUGGCCGAACUUAGAGGAGCAAAAGUUGGACUUCAGCGAGCGUGGGAUAGAGGAUUUUGCAAGGUGGAGCUAA